AUGGCUCAAAGCAUGCCUCACACGGUCAAAACAUCGCUGAUUUGCCUCUCUGUUCUGUUAUCCUCUCUUGAUGCCUGGACUGGACCCACCAGGGUGGCAUGGCUGAUUGGCUGGGCUCUCAUUCUCGAGUAUACCGUGGGUGGGGCAGCUGUGGCUCGAGGCAUUUCACCGAACCUGGCAACGGCGUUAGGGGGGGCAGGCAGCCUGCCGUUCAUCCUGGCUCGCCUGCCAGUCUCGGGCACAAGUGUGGUCCUCGAUCCAUGCGCUGCCAUCACGGUGGCUCUCGUCACUGCGCUGCUGUCUGCUGGCAUUAAAGAGAGCGCCAAUUUCCAGAUGGGAAUGACAAUAGCGAAUGUGAUAAUACUGCUGUUUGUGGCGGUGGCGGGGGCAUGGAUAGGGUUUACCCAUGGAUGGCCGGGGUACAAGGAGUCUCCAAGGUGGGUAGUUACCUAUCUACCAUUCGGUGUGUCGGGGUUGCUGGGGGGAGCGGCAAUGGCCUUUUUCUCGUACAUUGGAUUUGACACCGUUGCCAGCACAGCAGAAGAGGUGAAGCACCCUCAGCGUGAUUUGCCUUUGGGAAUAGGCCUUUCCCUCACAUGCUGUGGCGCUCUGUACAUGGUGAUAGCGGCGGUGCUGGUGGGGUUGACUCCGUUUGACUGCAUUGACCCGGACACGCCCAUGGCUCAGGCGUUUGACACCUACCAGCUAGACUGGGCCAAGUACCUUGUAACAGGGGGUGCGCUAGCAGCUCUCUCCACUACUCUCCUCGGAUCACUGCUGCCCCAGCCGCGCAUACUAAUGGUCAUGGCGCGCGACGGUCUCCUCCCAGCGUGGUUCGGCCGCAUCGACAAGGCCACGGGCGUGCCUCAGAACGCGACAGCUGUCACCGGGCUAUUGGCCGCCGCCAUGGCGUUUGUGCUGGAUAUUGGGCAGCUCUCGCAUGGGCUAUCGGCCGCCGCCAUGGCGUUUGUGCUGGACAUCGAACAGCUGUCGGGCAUGGUGGGUUUGGGAGAGGGGGAGGAUGGGAUACGACUUGCCUCUCGAGCCAUUGUUGCCGUCUCCCUGGGUGCCCCCCUCCUUGCCGCUGCUGCUGCUGUGGCUUCAUCGUCUGCUGACCUCUCCAUCACAGAUAACUGGCUACCUCUCUUACUAUUCUCUCUGGGCGGCCCACUGUUUCUCGGAGGGGCGGCAACGCUUGGAUGUAUCAAUGAGGACGACGGAAGGCACCAGUUCGGAUCAGCAGGAGGUUUCCACUGCCCCUGGGUGCCGUGGCUUCCCCUCGCCAGCAUUCUUGUCAACGUGUAUCUCAUGGCGAAUCUGGGCGCCACCACGUGGCUCUACUCCUCCUCGUGGCUCGCCAUAGGAGCACUCGUGUACCUCGCCUACGGAAUCUGUCAUAGUGCUCUGGGUGCCACCACGUGGCUCUACUCCUCCUCCUGGCUCGCUAUAGGAGCACUCGUUUACCUCGCAUACGGAAUCCGCCACAGUGCUUUGGGCCAAGCCCACGCGCCUGGUCCGCGCGUUCUGGAUGCCUCAAAGCGCACGGCUAGCUGGUGGAACCUGGGCACGCCGUUUGAGGAGUGGGUGGUGCAGCAGACGCACAGGCAGGCAGGCAGGCAGAGAGACACUGGUGUAAGGUAG